AUGUUGCUUGUGAAAUGGAAUUUUGUAUACGACGAUGCAGUUUCCCUGAGUAAUAAGAUAUACAAGUUCGGCAUGCCCAUAAUAUCAAUUGUAGAAUCUAAUAAUUGCAAAGGUGGUAGCAAGAAGAAUAUGAAGAAAAGAAAGGGUGAUGGAAACUUCAAAAAUGAUACGUGCAAAAUUGUAAAACGAAAUACAUCAUCCCUCAAAUUUACAGCGGAAACUAAAAGAGUGGAAGUUGUUAUAAAUGUUGAUUUUCAAAAUUCUAGCCUGCACAAUAAAUCUAAUUAUAAACUAGAAUGUCAGACAUAUUUGGAUAUAAAUAAAUGCAUACAGACACUAAUACAUCAAAAUGGCAUUCGCCGUAUUAAUAAAUUAAAUGGUCCACGUAAAUCAUAUUAUCCGGAAAAUGCUGAAAAUCAACCAAAUAAUACAUUAAAAGGAGUUAAAAGAUUACUUAGGCCUCCAAAAAAAAUUCUUUAUGAGUCAUGGAUACAUAAAACAAUGAGUAAAAGCAAUGAACCUAAACAAAGGAUUUUAUUUAAAAAUACAAAACAUAAAUCAUUUGAAAUCAACGAAGGGGCGGAUAGCAGCGAAAUCAAACUCUUUGAGCUGAUAUCUCCUGGAUAUAGUAGACACCAUGACAAAUUACUAACACUUACUAGGCACAUUUUCAACGAUAGUAAUUGUAAUGAAAAUUAUGCAAAUGUUUCUAAGACACAGGGAAUAUAUAUAAAUAUCAACAGAAAGUACAAGACCUUUUUUCGAAGGAAAUACUCAGAAACACAAUUAUUACAGUUCAUUACGAAUAAUAUAAUUGAUGGUCAUUUGAGUUUUGGGGAUAUAGCAAAUCCAAAAUACACCAGCAAAAAAGAGGCUAGCAAAUGCUUCAUAAUACUUUUAAAAUUGGCAUCCAAUGACGUAAUCAAUAUACAAUGCCACAAAAACGCCCCAAUCAUAACGCUCGUAACACAUAAUUUAUCAAAUCAUUAA